AUGGCUACUUUCGAUUUCGCCCGCCUCUCGCCGGCACUCUAUGAUAUGAAAGAUGUCACCUGUGUCUUGGACUUUCAGCUCAUGGUACAAGAUUUCAUGAAUGUGGUGAGGACCAACCCAGGCCUCUUCGAAAACCACGACACACAUAUGGGAGAAUUCUGCACCCUCUUGGAAUGUGACGAUAUGUGGCAAGUUGCUUAUGCUGUUGUCCCGGAAUUUCGCCUUCGCCAAGAUCAUGAGCUCGUUGAAGACACUCUUCUCAAUGCCAUCCUCCGAACCUUGAGUCACAAGCGACCACGUGUGCCGGUCAUCGAUCCAGGAACAACUCUAGAGAGGAACUUGGUCAAGAAGAGAUUCAGAACCGACAUCGAAUACCUUGAGUCGCUAGGGCUUGGAUUUUCUGAUUUGGAUGAAGAAGGACAGAUGGAGAUGGAGGACAUCGUGCGUCGCACUUUGAAUGUGCUUGAGGAUUGA